AUGGAAACUACUCUCUUGCAAUCAAAUUCGCACGUAAACUCAUAUUAUGCACAUAAAGCGUCUUAUAAUAUUAUAGGUUUCGGUAUACUUUGUAUAUGUAUUGCCUCUUAUGUUUUACAAACGGAAUUAGCGCAAUUUAUUCAAACAAGAAUGAAUUAUCACAAGCCAUAUUUUAUUUUAUGGAUAGGACAUAGCUUUUAUAUUUUAGUUUUCCCGUUUCAAUUCAUGUUUCAUAUGAACAUUCAUGAAUAUGUUAAUGAAUUUCUUAAUGUUGGAAAUGAAUUAGUCGACAAGAUGAGCAUAUCAGCUCAUACAAUUCUUAUAAAUCAUGAUAAUGAUGAUGGCAGCAGCAGCAGCAGUAACGACGACGACGAUGACAACAAUACGACAAAUGUAUUUCAUAUUUUAAAUUCACAAAAACACCAAAAUGUAAUCAAAUAUGUGCUAAAAUUCUCUGCACUGUUUGCAAUUUGUAUGUGUAUUCCAGGAUAUAUUUGGUACAUUGCCGUGGCAUUUACUACAACAGCUAAAUUAACUGCAAUUUUUAAUACAAGUUGUUUUUGGGCUUACGUAUUCUCAAUAUUAUUAUUAGGAGAUUCGUUGCAAAAAGAAAAGAUAUUGGCGGUUUUCCUAAGUAUUAUGGGUGUUGCUAUUAUGACAUUUUGGGAUAUAAGUCAAGAUGAUAACCCGUCAGCAGAUAAAAAUUCAAAGUUUGAUAAUAAUGAUGAAGAUCGUAGUCUGAUUAAUAUGGGAGAUUUUAUAGCAUUGGUUGGUGCUCUUGCUUAUGGACUAAAUGAAGUCAUAUAUAAAAAAUAUGCAAGUCCAUCAACCCCGUCAUGUUUAUUCUCCAAUACAAUCACUGCUCUUAUUGGCGUUUUCACUUUUUUAUUCCUAUGGAUUCCGAUUCCGAUUUUACAUUUUACUGGUAUUGAGAUAUUUGAAAUUCCAGAUAUGGAAACAUUUGGUUUUAUUAUCCUUACUGCUAUAUCAGGAGUUUGUGUGAAUGCCUCAUUUAUGUUGAUCAUAGCUUUUACAUCACCACUUUUUGUUGCUAUUGGAUUAAUGUUGACGAUCCCAAUAGUAGCAUUGGUAGAUGUUCUAAUCGUUAGAAACCCACUAGGCAUUAACACAAUAUUUGGAGGGUGUUUUAUAUUAUUGGCAUUUGCUUUAUUAUGUUACAGCAAUAAUAAAAAAGUGUGA